AUGACGAAACACCAUCUCAUGUGCGGCACGUGGGUGAAGCCCGGCGUUAUCGUUACUGUUUCGUUCGACACGGAGACGCUGAAGCUGGAGCUGGUCAAGAAGACGGAAAUCCCACACGAUGAACCCAUUAGUUGGAUGGCAUUCGACCACCAACGAAAGAACAUCUACGGCGCGUCCAUGAAGAGAUGGAGCUCACACCGAGUCGACGCGCCUGGCGAGAUUGUGCAGACAGGGAGCUACCCCAUCGGUGGCCAUCCCAAAGCAAACGACGCAGACACGAGGACACGUGCCAUCUUUCUUCUCCCCUCGAAGAAACCUCCCUAUGCUGUGUACUGCAAUCCCUUCUACGACCAUGCUGGUUAUGGCAACGUUUUCUCUGUCGAUGAGUCUGGUGCCAUGAAGGAGAACAUCCAGAACUACGAGUACUGCGAGAAGACGGCCAUCCACGGCAUGGUCUUCGAUCCAACCGAGACAUACCUAUACAGCGCCGACAUGUGGGCGAACAGGAUAUGGUGCCACAAGAAGAUUGACGAUCAAGGUCGGAUGGAGACGGUGGGAUACACCGAGGCCACGCAGCCAAAGGAUCACCCGCGAUGGGUUGAGAUGCACCCCAGUGGGCAGUAUCUGUAUGCACUGAUGGAAGGAGGCAAUCGAUUGUGCGAAUAUGUCAUCGAUCCGCAGACGAAAUUGCCAGUCUACACCCACAAGACAUAUCCUCUGAUUCCUCCUGGCAUUCCCAACGCAGACACCAUGUACCGUUCCGACGUGGUCUUCCUCAACCAAUCCGCUUCCUACCUCUUCGCCACCUCGCGCUCCAACUCGUUCGACCUGACAGGCUAUAUUGCCGCAUUCAAGAUUGCGCCUUCUGGUGCAAUCGAGCGUCAGAUCUGUCUGAAUCCUACCCCAACAUCAGGCGGCCACUCGAACGCAGUGUCGCCCUGCCCAUGGAGCGACGAAUGGCUUGCGCUCACAGACGACGAGAAGGGCGGUAUUGAGAUCUACAGAUGGCAGGACGAAUUUUUGGCGAGGGUUGCGCGGUUGGAGAUCCCAGAGCCUGGUUUUGGUAUGAACGCAAUCUGGUACGACUAG